GCCGGCUCUCGGCUGCUGCCUGCGGCGCCGCCGCUGCCCUGGGCGCCGGGCCGCGCCGGGUCCCUCCCCCGGAGCCGCCCAGGCACCUCCCUCGGGCCGCGGCGGUGACUCACGGCGGAGGAGGAGGCUCGGCUCCGCUCCGCUCCGCUGCUCUCGCCGCCCCUGCCCAGCGCGCCCGCCGUCGCCGGAGCGCCGGGGCCGCGGGCCCCGCACCAGGGCAGUUCCCUUGUACAUUUUUCCCAGCUCCAGUCACUGAUCAGGACUGAACACGUGGAUUAUCUGAUCUGUGGUUUCUAGAAGCAGGAAAUCCAGGAGCUGGCAGGAGGGGAAUGAACCGUGAGGGCGUCCCCGGGAAGAGUCCGGAGGAGAUGUACAUUCAGCAGAAAGUGAGAGUCCUGCUCAUGCUCAGGAAGAUGGGAUCAAAUCUGACGGCCAGUGAGGAGGAAUUCCUGCGCACCUACGCGGGGGUGGUGAACAGCCAGCUGAGCCAGCUGCCCCAGCACUCCAUCGAGCAGGGUGCUGAGGAUGUUGUGAUGGCAUUUUCCAGAUCAGAGACAGAAGACAGAAGACAGUAACUCCAGGACACCUGAACAAGACAGAACUGGAGAGGACAGUGAGAUCCCUGAAGAUAGAGGAGGAUGGCUGAGCAUUAAUAAGUUCCUCUGCCCACCCUAAUUGUACCUUGGUGUUCCUUCUCCUUUGUAAUGUUGUUUCCCUUUGCCCAAUCCUCAGAAUGCAUCUCACAGCCAUCUCUUCCUGUCAGAUUUUGCAACUCAGCCGGGCUGUGUUCAUUAAGGACAAACCUGAAGGUGUGGUUCUGGUUGGCUCAAAGGGACAGGCUGUGGUUGGAUAAAGGAAGGCAAUUGUUCAAACUUGACCAAUGGAAACCUUUUAUCUCACAUUUUAUUUUAUAUUUUAAACAAAGUCUCUUGACAUCCUACUUCUAAAGAAGCUUUUCAUGCUGUGGUGCUUAUUUAGGUCAAACUUGUGAAUUUGAAGAGGGUUUGAUUUCACUGCAUAGAACUGGAAGCAACUUGUGAUUGGGUGACAAUGCAAAAGCUUUCCCUUCAGUUGGCUUGCAGGUAUUUUGCUGACUCCAACAUUUUCAUUGCAGGAAGCUGAUGUUUCGGUGCAUUGUUUAUUUCUUUAUACUUACUGACUUGGGGGGGAAAAGACAGAUGUGCUUUGCAAUAUUUAUUACAUCUACACACAUAUAAAUGCUUGCUUUUGGGGGGUUGUUUUGGUUUUUUUGAUUGGCUUUGAAGUCAUGGUUUGAUUUCCUUUUGGCUGCAGUGUUUCUGAUGCAAUCAGUUUUUCCAUACUCAGCUGCUCUCUGGCCUCGAGCUCUUUUGGGAGCGUGUGUCAGAGCAGAUCUGGGUCAGGGGUGCACCUGGCCAGGCUGGGGCUGCCCAGCCCUGCUGCCCUGGGGGCAGUGCCCAGCCUGGCACUCCUGCUGCCCACACAGGAGCUGGAGGUGUUCUGCAGGAAUUGAGAGAAUGAGAUCUAAGGCUGUGACGUGAACUUGCCAAAUUUGUAUAGAGAAUGUGUGAACUUGUUUAAAAUACUAGAGUUCCACUUUAACCCUUUGAUUGCUGCACAAGACUAGCUUUCACAUUAGGAACAAUUAAUGAUGAUUAACUUAAAUCCAGCUUGCACUAGGCUGUAAUAAACUGAAGUUUCUAGUCACUUGAAAAAUCGAACCUGGUUUCCCUCCCUGCAGCUGUGUGGUGCUGGGGACAUUCUCUGGACAGCAGCAUGUUUCUGGGCACUACACAGGAGGCAGCAGGGCUGCACUGGGCUGUCCAGCACUGAGUGCACAGGGGACACUCUCAGGUUUGCUCUCUGUAGCUGCAGGGCCUUAAAACACACCCAGACCUUCACAGACUGAAGAGCCUGCAGUGGAAUUCCUGUGGUGCACUGAUGUUCAGGAAUCCGCACAUAGUUCCAGCACUGCUGCCUAAAACCAAGCACUUCAUUUUUCUCUCAUGUGUGCAGGUGGUUUUUACAAAACUUCUGGAUUUUGCUGUGGGUUGCACUGACUUUGAGAUGUUUCAGAAUCUAUUAAAGCUGAACUCAAUUUA